AAGGAGAAGAGGAAGUAGAGAUAACAAAUUCUGAGAGCGUUCGGCAACAAGUCCUCCUCUAACCCAUCCUUCAUUGAGUUCUAAUUACGUGUCACUCGGCACCAACCACUGCCCAGGAUAAACAAGGACGCCGCAGGAGAGAUGCAGGUGGAUUCGUCCGAAGAUGGUGGAGAAGUGGACGCCCUGACCCAAAAGCUGGGCGAGAUGCUACUGCAGGAACUUCCGGCAAAUGCGCAGCAGGGUCAGCCCGCCUUUGCGGGUGCCAUUUGGUCUGGACAGCUGGAGUGGAGGAAACUGGGACAACCGGAGGGGCGAAACACGCUGCCCUUAACAAUAAGCUCCAACUUUGUGGAUGGCCAGCCGGAAGUGACGGCGGAGAGCUGGCCGAUCAAGCUGAGAAUGCAGCUCAUGCCAAAACCUGUAUUGGUAAAUGUCGGCAUAUCGCUGCUUAAGGAUUCAAAAAUGGUUCGUUUUCGAGCGAAGCCGGGGGAAUUGAGGGACUCGCUCGUCACUUUGCUUUCCGCCGGCUUUUGUGGCUGCGUCCACGUAAAUCCCGCAUCAAACUGCAGGAUUCUCAUACUGAUUUACGUGCCCAGUCGCAACGAUUUUUUGGGUUUUAUACCCAAUAAUCAGAUUACUUACGUCCAGCUGUUGCGGGAAGCUCUUGAACAGCUCCGGGAUAACCAGAAAAAGUAGGGGCUCUUUAACGCGUUGGCCUACUUAAUACGAAUCUCUUCCCAUUACUCGUGCCAUUUUUUACAAAAUGACAGAAAUAAAUACCUCAUUGAAUUUUGGGAUGAAUUCCCUAGUAUUCCACAUUUAAAUAUUUGGGUUAAGAGAGGGUUAACAUUUUGUCUUUUAGAAUGGGACCUCAAAACAGCAAACCACCGAUUUUCAUGUGGGAUACCUCUUUGAGUUAGUGGAUAAAUUCCCUAUUAUUCUACAUUUAAAUAUUUCGGUUAAGAGAGGGUCGACAUUUUGGACCAUUUUCAUGUUCGAUUUAUCCGUAAUUUCAAUGGUUUUCAUUGGGACCCCAAAACAGCAAUUCCAGAUUCCAUAACUUAAGUAUUUGACCACCGAUUUUCAUGUGGGAUACCUCUUUGAAUUUGUGGAUGCAUUCUCUAUUAUUCUACAUUUAAAUAUUUCGGUUAAGAGAGGGUCGAAAUUUUGACCCAUUUUCAUGUUGGUUUCUCUGUAAUUUAAGUAUUAAGUUUAAAAAAGGGUUCAUUUUUUUGUUUAAUACAUUUGAAAGACAAUUGAAAAAGGGGAUCUCCAAAAACGCUAUUAUAAAAAUGUAUGAGUAUCUAAUCUAGCUCUUCGCAUUAAAUACUAGGUCGAUUUUAUAAAUAAACUUAUUUUGGGCAUAUUCCUUUUUUGGCCAUGGAUGAUGAUGCAGAAAUAAAAUACCAGUUUUACAAGCGAUCAAAUAUGCUGAAUCAUCAAACAGACAAUGUAACCCAACUAAUCAGAGCCCCUAAGUCAAAGCGGCAUUCGAAUUUGGCAAACACCGAUGAAAAUCGGGCCAUAAAGUCUGGCUCCAAUUCAAUAUGGGAAAUCCGCUUCUUAAAAUUUCUCUAACAAAAACCAACUAGAUAUUUAAAACAAAAGAAAAAUCUGUUUUUGAACUAUUUAUCAAGGCUUUGAGCUAGAAAUUUGAACAAUGUGAAAGGAUUAGUUCCGGCUUUAAUUUCUGAGACUAACCCAUUGGAAAUGGCAGUGGAGGUGUUAUAAGUAUGGAAUGGUUAGCUUCAAGUGAGCCAAAAUUGGGUAGACCGCUGCCACAAUCGUCAACAUGGCCUCUGGGAAAUUGCUCUUUGUAGCUGUCUUGGUGGUCCUUAUGGCGGUCAACUCGUCAUCGAGUAUCGUUAGUGACAUCAUAAGUCCCAUUCUCAAUAAAGUCGUGGAGGUCCUAAGUCCCAGCACCAAUUCAACAGAAGACCUUUCUUCCACCGACAGAAACGGUUCGAGUUUCAAAAUAAAAAACAAUUCAUCGAACAGUGCGGCCCUCCAGAACCUUGCUGGAUGAGCAAGUAGGGGAUAAGAUACACAACAUAAUCAUAUCUGCCAAUAAAAGGGGAAUAGAGCCAUCAGUUUA